CAAAAAUUUCAAUUAUAAAUGAAAUGUAUGUGGAUAUUAUAAAUGAGCCUAACAAAGAUUUCAAUGAAUCUCCAGUCAUUAUGGGCAAAUUAUACCGUACACCCGGGUGUACGGUCCUCACUCCUCACCAUACAUCCGGGUGUUUUUGUAAUAUUUCUGAUUUGUAGGGUUGUCGUUCUUCCGUCAAUAUUGGAUCAACGAUUGGGGUCAGGUUUUGCCGGACAUGCUGCGGUCAUCUUCAUCUUGCAGCGAACAUGGAGAGUCGGAGAAGAAGACUGAGGAGAUGCCAUCUCUCAUAGACCGAUUGUGUAUUGAUGUACUCUGUAUUUGGGAAUUUUCUGCUUUGUACUCCGUCUCCUUCAUUAUUACGAGCAUCUGGAUAGCUUUUGAUUUUUUGGUGCUUUCUAAAUUAGAGGGUUUGGUUACGCUAGGAGGGGCUGAAUCGUUGGGUAACAAGAGUACAAGACAAGCCGGAUUUGCUGGAUUAUUUGCAAGUACUUUUGGGAUUCCAUGUUAUUUUGCUGAUUAGUGCAAUUUCAUUUGCGGAUGAUGCUUCUUUAUUUAUAAAUCAACAUUUAAGCAUAUUAAAGGUUUUUUAUUUUUUCGAUACUCAUUUCGCAAAUUAUGUAUACUCAUUUGAUAUUGAUUUAAUACUGAUAUUAAAAUAUCAUGUUCAUGCA